UUUGACAUCUGACAGUGACGUAUUGGAUUGUUGAAGAUGGUUGAACGACUUAAUAUCAACUUUCUUCGUUAAUAGCUUACAAAAUAAACAAUGAUCUAAUAUCUCUUGUUUCCAUAUUGUUACACGCGUCUACUGUUACAUAUAUUUUUAAUAUAAAAUGGGUGACAGUAGCGAUUCGGAGGAGUUUUACGACGCUGAAGAGUUCACACCCGUAAAGGGAUCAAAGAGAUCAUCAAUGUGUAAAAAUAUAAACAUCUCGGACAUUUCCAAUGAAGAAAAGGAUAAAAUACAAAACAAAAGCAACGAUACACAGUUCAACAACACUGAUGUGGCCACCAGUACUCCAGCUUCAGAGAACACAGUUCAACAAGAUGAUAGGAAUAGUAUAAAAAAUGUCGUACAAGGUCGUAAACGGUUUCAAGAGCUACGCCGAUGUAUGCAGACUGAAGAAGAAGAUGAGCCCGAUCCGGGAGCCCCUGUUUCAGCGCCUAUGGAACACCCCUUCAAGAUUAUAUCUCACGAUACAAUGAGUCUACAGAGUAUGACGUCACUCGGCAGAAUUGGAAGAAUUUUGAGUGGAGUGGCGGACUCACACCAAAACAUCCGCGAUCCAACAUUUGCUCCGUCCGCGUCUUCAAGGGAACCUUCCACGAUAUCGGACGAUCCUUUAAGCGUCGACAGAAACCAAACAGUUGCGAUGGAGCCGGACGUGAUCGCCAGUACGAAGGCGAACAGCCUCAAGCAGAACCGCGGCGGUUCCAUAGUGUCAAUCAGCGGGGAGCCGCGCCCCGUCGCUCCGCCUAGGAGGAAGAAGAGAAACAAGCUCCACGGAUCGCAAUCACUAUCGACAACUGAUGGCGACAACCUUAGCGUGUCGGAGUCGCACAGGCUGGAUGCUUUGAUGGUAGAGCCUUUAUCUCUCGCAUCGAAUCAAACAAUGGCUCUACCAAGUCCUGCCAGUACGAUAGAAUCGUUGACCAGGGAGUUCCAGGACUCGUUGGAACUAUCACAAUCCAAAUAUGGGAGUACGUCUUCUAGAAGUAGCAAUACUGCGACCUCUAGGCCUCACCCUCACCAUUCAACGUUGGACAUCAAAGAAGCUGUUAAAGGUGACUACGUGGUACGUCCUCAAGAUGAAGAGAAGUCUCGCGGUGGUACAGCAGACGUUGACACGGAGCACGGCCACCGAACACACAGCGAAGGCCGCCCGCCCACUACUGGCACCUCUAGUCUCGGAUCCGCUACUAGACGAUCGGAGGGAUCCCGUGCGCGACGUCGCUCGGCCGGGGACCCGCCGCAGGGCGCCGCACUGGGCGCGCAGCUGUCCGACAUCGAGAUCCUGGAGCAGGUCACCGUGCUCAACCUCGACACGGGUGAACGAAUGCCUCUAAGCGUGGCUGAACACAAGCUUCCUCAAUGUAUAAACCCUCUCAGUCUGCACAUAAUGCGGCUAACAUCAGAAUACAUCGGACGCACCAACGACGAUGAACACACGAGGGAAACAGAUGAAGAGAGCGAAAGUGUGUGUGCGGGAGGUGCCGAGGAUGAAACUAAAGAAACUAAGAAAGAAGGCACGGACAGACAGACCACAGCCAUCAAGAGAAAGACUGAAAAAUUGAAGCGGUUUUUCGGAAGCACUGUAAAGAAAACCGUUGACGCGGCUAAGUCGCUAGCGCAGGAAGUAUCUCACGCGAGGCACAAAGAAGACGUCGCGGACAUAGUCGACGAUGUGCGUGGAGAACAUAACAUCAAACUGAAGGCGUCCAACUCGCACAAGGGACCGUACGACUUUGAUGGCUGCGUUCGUUAUGUACAGGAGAUGUGUGCCGGGGAGGGCGCGGCGCACGCGGGUGCGGUGUGGUGCUGCAAGUUCAGUGUGUGCGGCCGCCUGCUGGCCACCGCCGGGCAGGACCGCCUGCUGCGCGUGUGGGUCACGCGCGACGCGCACCGCAUGUUCCAGGACAUGCGAACGAAAUACAACGCGAAGCAGAAAGCAUCUCCUACUCCUUCCCAAGAAUCUCUCGCUUCUCUGGCGCCCCCUCCUCCAUCUCCAGAAGAUCAGCCCCUCGGUCCAUCUGCACCCUUCUGUCCCAAGCCCUUCUGCAUUUACUCUGGCCAUACUUCUGACCUCUUAGACGUAUCCUGGUCGAAAAACAAUUUUAUCCUUUCAAGCUCCAUGGACAAGACAGUUAGAUUAUGGCAUAUUUCAAGAGGAGAGUGCCUGUGUUGCUUCCAGCAUAUAGAUUUUGUGACCGCGAUAGUAUUUCACCCACGCGAUGACAGGUAUUUCCUGUCCGGAAGUUUGGAUGGCAAGUUGAGACUUUGGGACAUACCGGAUAAAAAGGUGGCAGUAUGGAACGAAGUGGACGGCAAAACGAAACUCAUAACCGCCGCGAAUUUCUGUCAGAACGGUAAAUUCGCUGUCGUCGGGACAUACGACGGUCGAUGCAUUUUUUACACCACCGACCAAUUGAAGUACCACACUCAAAUAGACGUGCGCUCAACUAGAGGAAAGAACUCCACUGGCAGAAAGAUCAGUGGGAUCGAACCGAUGCCCAACGAUGAUAAAAUCCUAGUCACGUCCAACGACAGUCGGAUCCGACUAUACGACUUGCGAGACCUAAACUUAUCUUGCAAAUACAAGGGAUACGUCAAUGUAUCCAGUCAGAUCAAGGCGUCCUUUUCCCAUGAUGGUAAAUACAUAGUGAGCGGGUCGGAGAACCAGUGUAUUUAUAUAUGGAAAACUUGUCACGAUUACUCGAAGUUCACAUCAGUUAGGAGGGAUAGAAACGACUUUUGGGAGGGUAUUAAAGCUCACAACGCGGUGGUGACUUGUGCGGUGUUCGCGCCCAACCCUGACCACAUGAUUCGUAUGAUCACUGAAAGAGAGGAGAGGGCGAAUGCCAGUAACAAGAAUAUGGAUGAGAAAGAUGAAGCUGCCGAAGGCGGUAUGGUGUCCUCAUCACAGACGGGUCACGUCCUAGUAAGUGCAGAUUUCAACGGCUGUAUCAAAGUUUUCGUACACAAAGCAAAACCCAAACACAGUUCGCUGCCCGCUUCCGCCCUCGCUUAA